AGCAUUUCAACUCUUCAUCCACCAUCAUCUUCGUCGCGCAAAUAACAUAGCAUCUAAAUAGCUACUCCUCAACCAAAAUCAAAACCAUGACUCAAGCGCAAGAUCCAAUUAUAGACGAAGAAUACGCGUCUGAUGAAGACUCCGACUUUGCGCCCGAUGCAGUACCGUUACAAGACGAAGGUGGUUCGGACGCUUCAGAAUCCGAGGAUGAUGAGGUUCAAUUAGUUGCGGCGCCGAGCAAAAAACGCGGAGCUGACACGAAUGCCGACGACUAUUUCGGAAAUUCGGGCGAUGAAGCGAUUAUACAAAGAGGGAAGAAGCGCCAAAAGAAACAUAAACGAAAAGAUGCCGACGCCGAAGACGACGAAGGUGGCGAGGGUGGUCUUAUUAAGACCCGGAGUAUGCGGGCGGUUGAGAAAGCAGAGAAGAAGUUGCGCACAGCUACUGGGCCAGUUACGAUUGAUGUAGACGAAUUAUGGGCUAAGAUGACAGCUGCUCCCAUUAUAUCAUCCAAUGCGGACGUGGAAACGGAGAAGGAGAACCAACGGCCGACUCAAGGUGUGGAUGACUCACCCAAGGGUACCAGAGAUAAAUUACAACAACAAAAGGUGAACGAAGACAAUCCGUCAGUGAUGAUCAAGAUCAAACGAACCUAUAACUUUGCCGGGAAAGUGCAUACCGAAGAGAAAUUAGUUCCUCGAGAUUCGGCGGAAGCUAAACUGUAUCUCGCUUCUCAAGACCCAAAGGUCGCCGAGGAUGUCGAAGCUGAAUAUGGCUCACCUAGAAGGAAACCUCGGAAAGCUUUUCGAUCUAUCUUCGAACCCGUGGUCGAGGGUUUAGCUCAGCGCGCAGAUCUGAAUCUUGGUAUGAACGCAAGACUUCAGCUACGGGAACAGGCGAAGGCCAAGAAAUUGAACGUAGUUGAGAAGAGUCGUAUGGACUGGGCAGGCUUCGUUGAUAAGGAGGGUAUCAAGGAUGAACUUGAACUGGCUGGAAAGUCUAAGCAGUCUUACGUCAAUAGACAAGAUUUCUUGGAUCGUGUUGCAGCCAAGAAGGAUGAGGAAGCAAGAAGAGCUAGGAUUGCUGGCCGAGCGUGAGGAGAUCUGGGAACAUUAAAAUACCUAUCUAAGAUACGCCGGUUUGCAAGCCCAGCGAUCAGGAGGAGCCGAUGAAUACCGUCACACGAAGAUCGUCCCGUCUAGGGUUCUGUCGUAAUUACGAUUUAUUACUCCUUGAUAGAUCAUUACGGGUUUAAAGAAUGGAAUUCUUCUGAUUGAAUUCAUUCGAGUACCACAUAUCUACGCAAGAACCUGCUACGACCUGGAUUCGCUUGAAAGAUACCUACGACACUACUCAUAAUGGGGCGAUCUUCAUGGUGGAUAGCGAGGACGCUUAAGUCGAGUCGUUAAUUACUCGAACAAGUCUGACGGAGGAAAUUUUAACAGCUUAAGCUUCUCCGUACCAUGGUCUUUUGAUGCAGUGUGGCUACAAUGUACUAGUGUUAGACGUAUCGGAACCGAAUUAUAUAAAUUUAUUUCAAGACUCAAGCUCUCAUUAUGAAAGGCAAAAGACUAUUCCAU